AUUUGUGAGACUUAAGUACACACGAUCUCACUCUCGAUCGAUCUUUUCCUCUCUUCCACUCGUGUCACAGCACACAAGAGAGAGCGAGAGCGUGGGAAGUGGCCGACAGGGGAGCUGCUCGUGCUCGACCGGCAUGGCGAAGGAAGGCCUGGAGGAAGCCCUCCUGGUCGCGAGCCGCGCGACGGAUGGAGGCGGCGACGAGGGCCUGGGGCUGGGGGUGCGCGACGAGGUGAAGAAGCAGCUGUGGCUGGCCGGGCCGCUCAUCGCCGGCGCGCUGUUGCAGAACCUGAUCCAGAUGAUCUCGGUCAUGUACGUCGGCCACCUCGGCGAGCUCGCCCUCGCCGGCGCCUCCAUGGCCAGCUCCUUCGCCACCGUCACCGGCUUCAGCCUCCUGCUUGGAAUGGCGAGUGCACUGGACACCCUCUGCGGCCAAGCAUACGGAGCCAGGCAAUACCACCUCCUCGGCGUCUACAAGCAGCGGGCGAUGGUGAUCCUCACCCUGGUCAGCAUCCCCCUGGCCGUGGUGUGGUUCUACACUGGCGAGAUCCUGCUCCUGUUCGGGCAGGACCCCGACAUCGCCGCGGAGGCCGGCACCUACGCGCGCUGGAUGAUCCCGGCGAUCUUCGCGUACGGGCUGCUGCAAUGCCAUGUCCGGUUCCUGCAGACGCAGAACAUCGUGCUCCCGGUGAUGGCGAGCGCCGGCGCGGCCGCGGCGUUCCACCUCCUCGUCUGCUGGCUGCUCGUGUACGUCGCCGGGAUGGGCAGCAAGGGCGCCGCGCUCAGCAACGCCGUCUCCUACUGGGUCUACGUGAUCGUGCUGGCUGUGUACGUCAGGGUGUCGGGCUCCUGCAAGGAGACGUGGACGGGGUUCUCCACGGAGGCGUUCCGCGACGUGCUCAGCUUCUUCCGGCUCGCCGUCCCGUCGGCCCUCAUGGUCUGCCUGGAGAUGUGGUCGUUCGAGCUCAUAGUGCUCCUGUCAGGCCUUCUUCCCAAUCCAAAGCUGGAGACUUCGGUGCUGUCCAUCAGCCUCAACACCGCUGCCUUCGUAUGGAUGAUCCCCUUUGGCCUCGGCUCUGCCAUAAGCACCCGUGUCUCAAACGAGCUCGGAGCGGGGCGCCCCGACGCUGCCCGGCUUGCGGUGCGUGUCGUCGUCUUGUUGGCCAUGGCGGAAGGACUGAUCAUGGGGUUGGUGCUGAUCUGCAUCAGAUACGUCUGGGGGCAUGCCUACAGCGACGUGGAGGAGGUUGUGACUUACGUUGCCUGGAUGAUGCUCAUCAUCUCGGUGUCCAACUUCUUCGACGGAAUCCAGUGCGUCCUUUCAGGGGUGGCUAGAGGCUGUGGAUGGCAGAAGAUUGGUGCUUGGAUCAAUCUUGGUGCCUACUAUAUCGUCGGCAUCCCCUCGGCCUACCUCAUAGCCUUCGUCUUGCAAGUCGGCGGGACGGGGCUCUGGUUGGGCAUCAUCUGUGGCCUGAUGGUGCAAGUCCUGUUGCUCAUGACCAUCACGAUAUGCACAGACUGGGAUAGAGAGGCGGAUAAGGCAAAGGACAGGGUAUUCAGUUCUUCUCUCCCAACAGAUUUCGCAACUGAAGACCAUACCUAGACUAUCAACCGAAGAAACUAGGAAACAGAGAUGACCCAAUUUCAUCGAGCCUUCGUGCCAAGGCUCACACUGUUUUAGUCUACCAAAACUGUACAGCCUUAUCCCUAAAUCAGAUACUUGGGAGAAGUUUCAUUAUGAUAAUAUAUCCAGCCACUACCGUUGCAACCCCAGCCAGAUCAGAUAGCUUGAGUGCAGCCAACAUAUCGCACGGCACUGAGAAGUAGAAUUAAUAACUGAAAACAUCUACUAGGAUAAAUUACCAUCAAGUCAGAUCCACAUGCUAAUCUUAGCACUACAAUUUAACGGUUUGCAGUUCCAAGAGACACAGUAUAAUUUCCCAAAAUCUACAAUUGUGCGCAACCAUUGUCUGGACGAGGCCUAGAGUCAUUCACCAGCUGCGAAUGACUCAAUGAAGAUUCCGACUUCUGGAUUUUGCGACUCUGGUAUCUUGGGUCUCAUCAUCCCUCUUCCUUUUCUUUGACGGUGCAUCAUCCCAAAUCCUUGACGAUACUUCCUGUGAUCUGCCAUGGUGUACUGAAGCAUUUGCUCUGAACCAGAGCACUGCCCUAUUUGCCCAAACGUUUGACUUUUUCCAUAUAAACUCAGCCUUCCUCGUCCGUGCAAUUACCAUCAUAUCUUGAUUUUCACUUAUUCCAAGCUUCUUGCAAAUAAUGGCCAGGCAGCAUAAAAGAAGAUUACACUUGUCGGAUUUAAGAAGAGGAAAAUACUCAGUACCAUAUAAUCGUGCAUAUUUCCAUGUCUCUCUUGAAUUCUCCACAGAUGGAUUGGCAACAUAGGUUCUGCAGACUCUGCACAGUGAAAUAAGAGUGUUCUUCGUCAUCUGAUGCCAAAGACAUGCUCCUAGCUGAAUGAGUGAUGCAUGUAGUCCAAAACAAGCACGCAGGUAUAAGUUUACAGCAUGUAGUCCUGUAAAAGCCAAGUCCUGCUCAUAAAGCAUCUGACACAUUCUCUUUGCA